CUUUGAUUCCGCACAGGCGAAUAUAGUAAAGCGAAUCGCUUGAUCUGAGGUGUCUACAGCGAUCUAUCACGCCACGGACGCUGAGAGCAGAGGCAGUUUUCAGGAGUUCAUGUAGAUGUACAUAUUGUGACGAGUUCUCAUCAGCGUUGCCCUGGAGACAAAGGCUGAACACCUGCACCGCCUCAUCAGGGCUGGGCUGGUCGCACCUGAAGCUCAUCAGUCCCCAACCAUAUAAGCCGGACGCGGCUGGGUGAGAGGGAGAAAAUGGACUUCGCUCUGAUUGUGGCUUAAUGUGUGCACUCUUCUCUCGUUUCAGACGCCAGCGACUGACCGACCGACCCAGCCCUGACAAAAGGAGCCACGGAAUUGUCACCGCACGGCACGAAUCACACACGGAGAGCACCGCACCUCAGCCACCAGCCACCUUGCACCUAUUGCACUGCACUUUAAUUGAAUAAAUCCACCCUCCGGGGUAUUUAUUUUGAGCUCUCCUUGUCGCGUGAUUCUUCCACCCCGUCACAGUGGUGGAGAAUGCGGGCAUGAACGGAAGAUUUCACCGGCAAGUGAACUCCACCUUUUAAUCAGCGUUUUUUUUCCUCCCGCUUGUGCACUUUAGGACGGUUGGUACUCCUCCCCUAGGAUGGAAGAACUGCUCCGGCAAUUGACUGACGUCAGCCUGCGCCAGCAGCAGAUUGUCGAACAUCUGGCCACGCGCCAAGGCCAGGCUGAUCAGGAAAUCGCCGCCCGCCGCCGCCCGCCAGCGCGUUCCGUUACCCGACCCGCGCGUGCAGGCCGCCCAGCUCUUGCCGAAGAUGACCGCACACGAUGACGUUGAAUCAUACAUACAGAUGUUUGAAACUACGGCCAUCACGGAGCGAUGGGACCCCCACGAUUGGGCCCGAGCGCUGGCCCCCCUCCUCACGGGCGAAGCCCAACGCGCCUUCUUCAGCCUGCCAGCGGAAACGGCGGAAAAUUACGAAGAGGUGAAGAAGGAAAUUCUCGCCCGCGUGGGGCUUUCCCCGACGUGUGGGCAGGCUGUGUCGUCCAUCAGGAACUACCGAAAGGGGCUCCAACGGCCACGGUUAGGAUUGGUAACCGGCAUUACAGGGCGGUUCUAGACUCCGGAAGUGCCGUCAGCCUCGUCCAGACAGGAAUACUGCCCCCACCGCAUGAGACCAAAGCUACAGUACCCAUUACCUGUGUCCACGGGGAUACACGGGAGGUCCCCGUGCGCCGCCUCACCAUCGCCGCGACCCCAGGUUCAUGGCCAGUGGAUGUGGGACUGGUGAAGGACCUGCCCGUGGCGGUCCUGCUGGGACGAGACUGGCCGGGGUUCGAGGCCCUGCUCCGCGCCACCACACAGCCUGCCUACCCCAACGGGGGCCGCCGUAGACGACGCGCUGCCAAGAAGCCCAGCGGUCGUCCCGUUCUCCUGGCCUCGGACAGUGGACGCGAUGGUGAGUCCCCCUCCCCUAAUACUAAUCUCUUUUAUGAUGUGUUCCAGCAGGUCACGGGAGGGGGCUCAUUUGGCCGGGCCCAGCGAGAGGAUGAGAGGCUGAAACAUUGUUGGACCCAAGUGCGUGUCCUGGAAGGGAAGGACACCCAGCCCAAGCCCCAUCCUCUCCCCCACUUCGUUGUGGAGAACGGCCUGCUCUACUGUGUCGCCGAGCGAAGGGGGGAGACAAAAAAGUUGCUGGUGGUCCCCAGGUCGAAGACAGAAGCGGUCCUGCACUUGGCUCACGCCCACCCGCUAGCCGGACACCUCGGGGCAGGCAAUACUAUCCAAAGAAUCCGGGACCGGUUUCACUGGCCCGGCCUGGAGGCCGAGGUCCGACGGUACUGCCAAGCCUGCCCCGAGUGCCAGAAGACAUCGCCGUACCACCCUCCCCCCUCGCCGCUCAUCCCACUGCCCAUCAUAGAGGUGCCCUUCGAGCGCAUCGGGAUGGACCUGGUAGGGCCGUUGCCAAAGUCGGCCCGGGGACAUGAACACAUCCUAGUCAUCGUGGAUUAUGCCACCCGGUAUCCCGAAGCCAUCCCCCUCAGGAAGGCCAACGCCAAGACCAUCGCACAAGAACUUUUCUUGUUAUUCAGCUGGGUGGGCAUCCCUUCGGAGAUCCUGACCGACCAGGGAACACCGUUUAUGUCCCGGCUAAUGGCUGACCUCUGCCGCCUGCUCCGGGUGAAGCAAGUGAGGACGACUGUGUACCACCCCCAGACGGAUGGCCUAGUAGAGCGGUUCAACCAGACCCUUAAACAAAUGUUGUGGCGAGUCGCCGCCGAAGAUAGGAGAGACUGGGACCAAAUGCUACCCUACGUCCUCUUCGGGAUUCGGGAAGUACCACAGGCGUCCACCGGCUUCACUCCGUUUGAGCUACUCUUGGAAGGCAACCUCGGGACUGCUCGACGUCGCUAA